GGGUACAAAUUUAACACUUAAUGAUAGUGAUAGGCUAUAAAUAAAUAAUCAGAAAACUAAUAUCCUACAGGUCCGCCCAUUACAACUGCAUUCAGAAACUAUCUAGGAGUGCACAGCCUUUUUGUAAAUGUAAUGGAAAAAGCUGGGCACAGUACAGGUAGUCCUUGACUUAUGAACACAAUUGAGCCCAAAAUGUCUGUUGCUAAAUGAGACAUUUGUUAAAUGAAUUUUGCUUCAUAUUACGACCUUUCUUCCCAGAGUUGUUAAAUGAAUCACUGCAGUUGUUGAGUUAGUAACAUGGUUAUUAGGUGAAUCUGACUUCCCCAUUGACUUUGCUUGUCAGGUCACAAAAGGUGAUCACAUGAUCCCAGGACACUGCAACUGUCAUGAGUCAGUUGCCAAGUAUCUGAAUUUUGUUCACAUGACCAUGGGGAUGCUGCAAGAAUCAUAAGUGUGAAAAAUUGACAUAAGUCACUUUCUUCACCGCUGUUGUAACUUUGAACAGUCACUGAACUUUUGUAAUUCGAAGACUAUCUGUAUUAUCAUCACAAAGUGGUCCAAAUCUGCUUUGGAGGCUCCCUAGAAAUUAGAAUAGCAUUAGAGAGAAAAUGGUCAUCCAGUGCUCUCUGCUACUUAGCUUCCAGUAACCUCACCCCAUUCCCAAGCUUAAGUGAGGCAAUCCAAAAAGAAACCAAGCAAAAAUAACUGCAGCAAUGAGGAAUGUAUUGAUUUCCAAAUAUUCUUGACUCUUUAGUAGAUUUAUUGAGAAUGUAUUGUUAAAUAUAACCAACUUCAUUAUUCGUAUUUUGCUUGUCCAAUUAUUACAAAUAAGAGGUCCUUGGUGCUCUGAGCUUGUUUUCUUGCAGAUGUUUCAUUACCCUAACUAGGUAACAAAAUCUGCCCAAAGCUUUUUGAAUAAGGUCUUCCUAGAAUGACGCAAAAGCACUAUCAUUCUUCUGAAUAUUUCUGAGGAAAGGAAUUAUUAUUCUUGUGUGACAGCGAGAGUAAAGGGUUAACUUGCCACUUCCAUAUUCACAAGGCGGCUUUAGAGCGAAAACCUGGAGACGAGGGAAGCCGUUGACGGUUGGACUAACAAGAAAAGAGAAGUAAGCAGCGCUGCGUAUCUAAAAUAGAGGACUAUUCUGCUAGCUUCGUGGCAAACUCUUCAGUAAUCAUUCUGCAAUUAUUACAGUUUUGUUCUAAACUGUCCGUCCAUGCCGCUUUAUUGGUAAACGAACUCUGGAUCACGUUCAGUGUGAUUAUGCCUAAUUGGGGGGGAAAAAAAACCGUGCAAACCAAUGCAUGAAAUCUUAAUUAAAUAACGCUAAGGUGACGGCCGCGGGAUUUACGAAUAUUUUUGUCUUCGUCGCCAAGAUAAAGGUCGGAACCCUCGUGUCCAGCUAAACCCCGGUUUCGCCACAAUUCCCCACGGAAGCGGACCGCAACGUCUCUCACGAACCCACGAGGGUUUCUCAGCGUUGCUCUUUUAAAAGCAGCCAGACAGCGCUGGAACCUUUCCCUUGCAACCUUCCUCAUUGGCCGAAGGUCGGGGAUUAGGCGCGCGCAAAAGGGAGGCGCGCGCCGGAGGCUGGCUGGGGUUGGCGGAGAGACGAUUCAAGCGCGGCGGGUACGGCCGGGGGUUCUGAUUGGUCAGAACGCAGAGGGGCGAUAUAAAAAGCGCGCGUCCCGAACAGGCUUGCAUUCGGCGGCGGUGGAAUGCAGGCGGGUUGAUUCCGCGUCGCGAUGUCGCCGUGAUUUGCGCCGGCUAAUUUUAAAAACAAGAAACACCUCCGAGUUUCCUGCAUGUGCACGAGCACGACGUAUUUUCAGGGAAGGCUUUCCUCCGCCUCUCCGUUGAAGUGGGUGUCCGCUGCCGGCGAUUCCCCGUGAAGUUGCCUGCCACUCGCCGGCAGAAAGGGCGGCAUGGAGUGCAAGCUGGAAGCUCACCGUAUCGUCAGCAUCUCGCUAGGCAAGAUGUACAGCGCGCGAGGUCAACGCGGCGGCGUGAAAUUGCACAAAAACCUUCUCGUGUCGCUUGUCCUGCGCAGCGCCCGGCAGGUCUACCUGAGCGAACUCGAUUGCGCCCCUUCGCCUCCUCUAGCUGCUGCUCCCUCGCCGGCAGCCGCUGCGCUGAAUCCCCUCCGAGAUGGUGGGGAGGAAGGAGGGCGCCCGCCGCUGCCCUUCUUCUCUUCUCCUCCUCGCGCCUUUCUGCCGCCGACCCGGGCGAUGUUGUCGUCUGAUCCCCGGACUUCUCCGUGGUGCCGGAAGCUCCCGCCGUCGUCGUCGGACUGGGAAGUUCAGCGGUUGCCACGCUGCUGCGGCUGCUGCUGCGGCUCCUCUUUCGGGAGCGAAGCUGGCAAACGGCCGGCCGAGGCGGCUCCUGCCCUCGACUGCUCCAGAAAGCGGAACGCUGCUCUGCAUCCCGAUGGCGGGACCGAGGAAACGUCUCCCGGCAGCUCUCCGCUGAAAAAGGUCCGCCGGGAGGAAGAGGAGGAGGAGGAGAAAGAGGAGGACAUGGAGACGGGCAAUGUGGCCAAUCUCAUCAGCAUCUUCGGCUCCAGUUUCUCGGGACUACUAAGCAAAAAGUCCUGCGGGGGCGAGAGGGAGGGCAGCAAUCAGCGGGGAAGGCGGCAAGAGAAAGAGGAGGAGGCAAGAGGGACUGAAGCUGAGCCCGGGCAAAUCUGUUGCGAUGAAUCGGUGCUACGAAACCUCAACCCUUGGAGUACAGCGAUUGUGGCUUUCUGAACUUUUCCUUCCUCCCCAACUGAUCCCGAUGAAACACUAUGGGACAGCUUUGAUUCAGAUGCUGGAGGGAGUAGGCGUCUGGGGUGGGUGGGGGGCGUCUGAUAGGAAUGGGGACACAUGGCUCCAGGCACUGCCCUCCUUAAGCUGUGUGUGGUGAUGGGACUCAAUCAGAGCAACCCCAGCUGUCCUUCGCACUUCUUUUCUGGAUGCCCUUGGUGGCUAGUGUCUCAUUCUGCAUGAAAGUAUUCCAGCUUCUUUCCACCUGCUCAGAAAUCCCCCCCCCUUUCUCUCCACCUCCAACCUUUUGGGAAGGUUAGAGUAGACCUCUUGUUAUCCUACCAUGCCAAGCAUGUUCUGUGAGUUGCAAAAGGCUUCAAACACCAUUUGGGACCCAAAGGGAGAGCUUUCUCACCCUGCUAGAAGGCUGUGUUGAUGAGGGGUGCUGCUCAGGUGUGUUAACAAAUCUAUGGUUUGGAGUUCUCUGGGACUUUAAUUGCUCCUGGUCUUUGUUAUAUAAAGGCCCUUGAAGGGAAAGUGGGUCUUAAUGGAUGUUUUGUACAGUAAGCUCUUUCUCUGGUUGUGUUUUGUAUGAAAAUGUAACUGCGUGUGUGACACGUAUUAAAAUAUUUUGACAUUGUUAACAUUA